AUGAGCUUCUACAUCGAGAACAAGAAUGUCGGGAACAAGGCCGACAGUGAGGACUGGAGAAUCCGUGGCUACAACCCCCUGACACCUCCGAACCUCCUUCAACACGAGAUUGCGCAGACCCCUAAAUCGAAGGAGACGGUCCUUUCAGGUCGUGACGAAGCGGUCGCUGUGAUCAAUGGAACCGAUGAGAAGCAGCGUCUACUUGUCAUUAUUGGUCCCUGUUCUAUCCAUGACCCCGCUGCCGCUCUCGAAUACUGCGACUUGCUUCUCAAGGAGAAAGAGAAACACAAAGAUGAGCUACUCAUUGUGAUGCGCUCCUACCUGGAGAAGCCGCGCACCACCGUGGGCUGGAAGGGCCUCAUCAACGAUCCAGAUAUCGACAACAGCUUCAACAUCAACAAGGGGCUGCGCAUAUCGAGACAGCUCUUCGUCGACCUAACCGACAAGGGCAUGCCAAUCGCAAGCGAGAUGCUCGAUACUAUCUCGCCGCAAUUCCUCGCCGAUCUGCUCUCCGUAGGUGCCGUGGGCGCAAGGACAACAGAGAGCCAGCUGCACCGGGAGCUAGCCAGCGGCCUGAGCUUCCCUGUCGGAUUCAAAAACGGCACGGACGGCUCUCUAAGGGUGGCAAUAGAUGCUAUUGGCGCCGUGCGGCACCCGCACCACUUCCUUUCCGUCACUAAGCCAGGUGUCGUUUCCAUCGUCGGCACCGUGGGCAACGAAGACUGCUUCGUCAUUCUCAGGGGCGGUACUCGCGGGACGAACUACGAUGCAAAGAGCAUAGUCGAAGCGAAAGAAUCACUCGAAAAGGCCGGCCUUCCCCAGAGGCUGAUGGUCGACUGCAGCCACGGUAACUCGCUCAAGGACCACAAGAACCAGCCCAAGGUGGCGGCGGAUCUCGCAGCUCAAAUCUCAAAGGGCGAGACUGGAAUCAUGGGCGUCAUGAUUGAAAGCAACAUUAACGAGGGCAACCAGAAGGUGCCGAAGGAGGGCAAGGGCGGUCUGAAAUACGGUGUCUCCAUCACGGACGCAUGCAUCUGCUGGGAGGACACCGUGUCGGUCCUCGACGGCCUCGCAAAUGCUGUUAAGCAAAGACGGGAAAUAAUUCAACGAAAUAGCUAG